AUGGCUUUUCUUAAACUCUUGGAUAAAGCUGGAGGCCUGGGGAAAUUCCAAAUUCUUCAGAUGAUUUUGCUCUGCAUCUCCAUCUUCAUCUCGAGCCCAUAUAUUAUGUUGGAGAACUUCACUGCAGCAGUGCCUGAUCACCGCUGCUGGGUCCACUUCCUUGAUAAUGACACCAUCUCUGCUAAUGACAUUGGGACCCUCAGCCAAGAGGACCUCCUGAGAGUCUCCAUCCCCCUGGACUCAAGCCUGAGGCCAGAGAAUUGCAGGCGCUUUGUCAACUCCCAGUGGCAGCUCCUUCACCAGAAUGGCACCUUCCCCAAUGUGACAGAGCUGGACAAGGAGCCCUGCAUGGAUGGCUGGGUGUAUGACCGCAGCACCUUCUCUUCCACCAUCGUGACUCAGUGGGAUCUGGUAUGCGAAUCACAGACACUGGUCCAAGUGACUAAAUUCUCAUUCAUGGCUGGAAUGGUGGUGGGAAGCAUCAUAUGUGGGCAUUUGUCAGACAGGUUUGGGAGGAGGAUGGUCUUCAGAUGGUGUACCUUCUUGCUGGCCAUUACUAGCAGUUGUGUGACGUUUGUUCCCAGCUUCCCCAUGUACUGCUCACUCAGUUUCUUAUCUGGGAUUUCAUACAUACCUAUUGUGGCAAAUAGUAUUUUGCUCAUUGUAGAGUGGACAGUGCCCCAGUUCCAGGCAUUGGGAGUAACAAUGACAUCCUUUGCCAUGUGUAUUGGACAGGCAGCCUUGGGAGGUCUGGCGUUUGGCUUUAGAGAUUGGCAUAUACUCCAGCUAGUGGUGUCUGUUCCAUUCUUUGUCUUAUUUCUGUGCACUAGGUGGGUGGCAGAGUCUGCUCAGUGGCUGAUUAUCUCCAACAGACCCGAGGAGGCCUUAAAGGAACUGAGAAAAGCUGCACAUCAUAAUGAAAAGGAUGUUCAAAACACUCUAACUAUGGAGGGUUUGAGGUUCACCAUGCACAAUGAACUGAAGGCAGCUCAGAGGAGGACUGUUGUGUUAGACUUGUUUCGCACACCCAACCUUCGCAAAAGGAUCUGUCUCCUGGCCUUUCUCAGAUUUUCAAUUGCUGCUUCCAAUUUUGGUCUGAAUUUCAACCUGCAAUACCUCGGAAGCAAUGUCUUCCUGAUCCAGGCUCUCUUUGGUAUAAUUGCUUUCCCAGGCAAUUUUGUUGCAUUAUUGAUACUCAAUCACCUGGGCCGUAGAAUAAGUCAUAUGCUUUUCUCAUUUCUUUUUUGGAUCUCCAUACUGGCCACCAUAUUUGUGCCUCAAGAAAUACAGACUGUGCAGUCAGCUUUGGCAACCUUGGGAGUAGGAUGUGGCUCUGCUUUUGGCACCUCCCUUACUUCCCAUUCAUCUGAACUCAAUCCUAUGUCAAUCAGGUACAGAAUCAUGUGUGUUCUAUUAACCUCUCAGCUAAGAAUGUGCACUACUGGAAGACAAUGAAGGUCAGUUAAUCAUCCAAAAACAAUCCAUUAAAAUGAUCAUAAUAACUUAUAGGCAAAAAUUUUUGAAAACUGACCUUCUAGCAGUCGUUGUUUAAGUUCUUAAAUGAUACAUCUCACAUCAUCUUCUGAACCAAGAGAAGAAUAGAUUUUAUAACAAUUUUUCUCAUAUGGCUGAAUUAUGACUUAUGAACUCAAACUCUAAGAAAUGUAUCCAAUAAGAGACCAUUUCAGAAGCAACAUUUCACAUUGCUAUGAUUUCUUUGAUAAAGAAAGUAAUAUACCAAAUCA